GGAGGAAGAUGACGAAACACAUGGUGUGUGUGUGGGUGUGUAAGAACAGGAGGAACUCUCUUCAUGCCACCAUUUCAUACCUAUCAGAGCAGGCUCCAGGCUGACAGGUGGACACCUGAGUUUUCCUUUUUUGGUUUGCCAGGCUUUGAUGUUCUAACUUUUUUUUAAGAGGACUUCCCAUUGCAGCUUUGGUCACUUCUGAUCUAAUCUAGGCUGCUACUGGUAGCUGAACCCAGACUGGAUAAUUUUGUUACUGAUAUCUAAGGAGGCGACAGGUUGUGGCAUCAUGGCAGACUUCCCCUCCAAGGUUACCACAGAGACCAGCACUCCCAACUACCAGAACACCCAUCAGGGGGGUAACAGGCUCAGCGGGAUGACAGCCAGGGUCACAACUAAGAUGGAUGUUUCAUUUGUGAGGAGCAUCCAAGGCAUACUGAUGAUUACUGAAAUAGUGGUGGGCCUGUUCCCCUGGGCACUGAUCGCCAGCACCCCAUAUAUGCCUCAUGCAGCAUACGGCUGGGUGAUGUUCGUGGAAGUCACUCUGUGGCUUCUCACCAUCAUCCUCUUCUUCGUCCUCCUGUUCAGUGUCCCACAGAGACUGACAGUCGUUCCCUGGGCUUUAACCGUGAUGAUGUACACAGGUGUGGCCACGCUCCUCUACCUCACGGCCUUCAUCACCAACGCAGCCACUGCGAAUGUCUUUAAAGGCUCCUACUUCUUUGGACACAUUGGAGCUGCUGCUUUCUUCGGGGCAGCGCUGACCCUGCUGUACGGUGCCAGUGCUUACCUGGCUUAUCUGGACUGGAGGGGCGAUGGAGGAAACGCAGCCACCAGCACGGUGCCCACCUAGGACCCUGGGAACUCAGAAACUGCUCCUGAAACAUCUGACUGGAGCUCAUGGCAGAUCACCAGCGCCGGGUUUUAACACCAUCAAUAUAAAGAGGCCCCGGGGCCCAGUAAUCAUCCCAGGCAGAGCAAUGGCUAACAUGAUUUUUACAAAAUUCUUAAUUUUGCUUUGAAAAACAAGGAAAUAGUUGGAGGUAAAGCUUAAAUGUAAAGAGCUGACCUGAUGGCAGACAGGUACUCUCCCAGCAGCACCCACACAUUUUGAACUGACAGACUUAAGCACAACGGACCUGCAGCAGUCAUAUCCAUCCCAUUUAAAUCAGAUGUUUCUACAGAUUUCCCCAGUUUAAGUAUUAUUUUUCUCAUCUUUCCUUCAUUAUUUCAACCAUUUGACCACAGAACACAUCAAACCAGUUCGGUUUGUCCUCAGUGUAUCCCACAGAUCAUGAAAAAAGAUGGUGCUUAAGUGUCUUCUGAAUCGGUUGAAUGGUAAACCAUUAUUUCACAGUUUGUUUCACAUGGACUGAGUCAACUAGUUCUAUGACAAACUCCGGACCGGGUCACCCUACAGUAAAUAGCUUAAAAGCUUUAUUCUAUUUAGCCUCUGCGACUGACAUCUGACCCAGAAGCGGUUUAACAAACACAGCUGCAAUUCAAAGUCUUGAUUCCCAAAGACAGCUAUUAUUUAGAGAAAUAUGUUUCAGGGUUCUCAAAUACCCUAUUGAAUCAUAUGAACGAACUCUGUGGAAACAUAUGAUUUCUGUGAAUUGUAGAAACCUUAUGUAAGAACUCUGUGGAAUGUAGAAAAAACAUGUGGAACCUAGUAACCCUGGUGGAAGUAGAAACUGCCUGUAAGAACACUGUAGGAACCCUAAUGAACGUAUGAACCAUGUGCAGGAACCCUUUUGAAUGAAGGAACCGUGUGCAUGAACGCUGUUGACUGUAGGAACCGUGUGAAGGAACGCUGUUGACUGUAGGAACCGUGUGAAGGAACGCUGUUGACUGUAGGAAUCGUGUGAAGGAACGCUGUUGACUGUAGGAACCGUGUGAAGGAAUGCUGUUGAACUUAGGAACCAUGUGGACUGAAAAGGUGAGACCCAGCUAAUCCGCGCUGAUGUGUUCCCAUCUUUUAAUCCUUAUAACCAGACCUCAUGUAAUUGCGGAGGUUCUUGAUCACCCUGGUUGAUGAGGAGAUCAUAUUGAAGACUUUGAGAUGAAACAAAACAGUUUUGGAUAAACCCAGCAAAAGGGAAGGAAUGUCAGAGAGCAGCUUUUUAUGUAGGAAGUAAAUCUAACGUUUGAAAACACUAUGUUUCUGAAAUCAGCAGAAACAAAAUGUUUCAUAUAUCCUCAUUAUGUUCAUGCUGCUUCUGUCCCUAGUUUAAUAUCCAAAUUAUCAGAGAAAAAUGUUUACUUUAUGUUUACAGGGAAUGCCCGUCCCCGACCCCAUCAUAGGAGAAAGCUUGCAGCAACAUCUGUGUGGUUUUAUGCCGAACUUCUUCUGUGCUGUAAUGAGAUUUUGUAAAGACUGGUUGAUAAACAGGAUGUUUGUGGUUAUCGUUGAAACAUGAGUUUAAAAUAAAAGAACUAAAUGCUCUUAGUUUAAAAACAGAUCACUUUUAAUGCUUGUGACAUCUAUUCACCCAUCAGGAUAAUCUCUUCAUCGACCAAUUAGAAUUAAAAACUAUUUAUUAUGUAAAACAUGUGAGUCAGAGGAUGAUAUCAAAUGGAAGGUCAUGACUCUCAGACAGACUAAGUUUAUGAAAUAUUAUAGCUACACACAGACCUUCUAAGUCCAUUUACAACAAGAGCUAUGAUGAUUCACACAGGAGAUGUAUCCAGAAGAUCUCUGGACCUUUCAGCUUCAAAAUGCAGCCAGAGUCACUUCAGCAGGGUCGGUUGGAGUCUGCAGGAUUCAGGCACGUCACCACCAGACUCUGACUCGAAUCCACGCCUCUGCCCUCUUUUGUCUGAAAUUACAUGAAAGCAGACAGAGUAGUUCAUAUGCAGAGCGUCCAUCUUUAAUGACUUUUAGAGCAGAUUUGGGGAAACAAGAAUGACGGCGCCAGACACAAGUAUGUAACAUCUGAUAACCGAUUUUCUUUAAAGGUGUAGAACAGCAGCAAUACUUUUACAUCGGUUACACCACAGUAUGUAAGCAUAUCAUUACUAAGGUAAAAACAAGCCCAGAGAAGCUCUUUGCAUGUUCUCCCUCCUUCAGUCUACUCACAGCUCUGUACUCUAAAAACAUCUCCUUGAAGCCCAGGAAGUCUGUGAAUGUCAACAACAUGUCCAACACAUCAUUUGGGACUUCUUCUUUGUGCUGCCUGCAAAUAAAAGCAAAAAAAAACC